UUCCGCCGCCGCCGGCGACAUGUUGCAGAAGCCGAGGAGUCGGGGCCGCCCCAGCGCCCUGGCCGAGAGGGACAGGGACUGGAGCCGCGGCGGGGACAGCCGCGUCGCGAGAGGCGGGGUCUCCGAGGAGGCGCCGAGCACCUCCCGCGGAGCCGGCGGCGCCCAGGAGGCCCGGAGCUCCGCGUCGCUCGGCGGCCGCCGCUCGGAGGCCGCCCCCGCCGUGGGGCCCCGCACCCCGAAGCAGCUGGAGCUGAAGGUGGCCGAGCUGGUGCAGUUCUUGCUCAUUAAGGACCAGAAGAAGAUCCCGAUCAAGCGCACGGACAUCCUGAAGCACGUCGUCGGGGAGUACAAGGACAUCUUCGCGGACCUGCUCCGGCUGGCGGCCGAGCGCCUCGAGUACGUGUUCGGGUACCGGCUGGUGGAGCUGGAGCCCAAGAGCAACAGCUACAUCCUCAUCAACACCCUGGACCCCGUGGAGGAGGACGCGGAGGUGAGGGGCGACCAGGGCACGCCCACCACCGGGCUGCUGAUGAUCGUCCUGGGGCUCAUCUUCAUGAAGGGCAACACCAUCAAGGAGACCGAGGUCUGGGACUUCCUGCGGCGCUUGGGGGUGUACCCCACCAAGAAGCAUUUGAUUUUCGGGGACCCAAAGAAACUCAUUACCGAGGACUUCGUGCGGCAGCGCUACCUGGAGUACCGGCGGAUACCCCACACGGACCCCGUGGACUAUGAGUUCCAGUGGGGCCCGCGAACCAACCUGGAAACCAGCAAGAUGAAAGUUCUUAAGUUUGUGGCCAAAGUGCAUAACCAGGACCCCAAAGACUGGCCGGCGCAGUACUGUGAGGCUCUGGCGGAGGAGGAGGCCAGGGCCAGACCCGAGCCUGGGGGCCCAGCCCCCUCCUCUUGAGAUGCGAGCUGGACCCCUGGGGGAGGGCCUAGGCGCGGUGCCAAUGCGAUGGAGGCGGGAGGGAGGCACAUUUCUGUGACGCUCGCGCGUGUUCAGCUUUAGGAUGUGUUUGCAGAGUUCUGUGUUUUAAAUAAUAUAACUUAUUUGGUUCCAAAGCUUCAUUUAUAAAAAUGCCAGGAGGUUUAUUUUGUUUGUUUUACAGUCUAUUUUUUGGUAUAAAAUCUUGCUAACUUUGUAAAACGGAUAGGAACACUUUGUACCAUGAUCUGGAACGAUGUUUUAGAAAGAACACAUCGGGAAAUUCUUUAGUGCCAAGAAAAUAAAAGGAAAGUGGCUUUUAUCUGGCCUUUUAACCACCCCAGUUUGUAAAGAAAAAUAAAAGCCUUUAUAAAUUAAAAAUAAAAAUGUAAUUGCCUAUAUUUUUUUACCAUAAAACAACUACCUUAUAUGUCUUCUACAUAUGUAAGUAUUAUGCAACGUUCUAAGCAAUGUACAUAUUUUUUCCUCCAAAUAAUUUUAUAUUCGUAAUUAGCGCUGUAGCUGGCUCUUUACUUCCACAUAGUUUUCUCCAUUUUUGCUUCUAUAUUAUAAUAAAUACUGUGUGUUUGAAGCAGUUAAUCUUGUGCACUUUUUUUUCAUUGUAAGUCAUGAGAAAUUAAUUCCAUGACUCAAAACCAGCAUCUUUUAAAAAAAAGGACAAUCUUUACUACAUGUUGUUAAGGUAAAUAAUAUGUGUGUGUGUAUAAUGGAUCAUGAUGUAAAAUAUAUUUCUUACUGUUGUUAGUAACAAAAAAAUCUUCAGUGAUUAGCCAUGCUUUGGUGAUUUACCCUGCCUACCUGGAAAUCAGACUGUCUGGAUUCAGAUCCAAGCUCCACCGCUAAUUUGCUAUAUGAUUUUAAGCAGGUUACUUGUACAGAUUACUUCCUUGCCUGUAGAAUGGGUUGAUGAUGCCUAUAUUUGUGUGGCAUUUUGCUAAUUAGAUACAGAAAUACAUAUCAAACCCUUGUCAGAGUGGUUGGUAGGGAGAAUUUUAGUUGUCACUUUCUUAAAAUUUUGUAAAUUUUAAGAAAUUUCAUUCUUCUUGAACAGGAACUAUUAUUACCUUUUUGGGGGUUUUGUUUGUUUUUUAAAGAAAAUAUCUUGUUCAUAAUCAUUCCUAGGCCUAGAGUUGCUGGUUCAAAAAUUAUAACAAUAUUCUUCUGAUCUGACUAUUAGGGUUUUAUGGAAAAACCUAACUCAUGGCAUAUGGGAAAACAGCCCAAAGGGAGUAGUGAGAACUGAAAAGUGACACAUAAGACGGUCCCCGGGCUUUGAGAGAGCAUCAGAGUAUAGUGAAAAGGUAACUGAAUUAUGGUUAUGCCGUCGUCAGCAUGCCGAUAGGGAGUUUUAAGUUGAAUCUCAAUUUAUCUGUAAAAUGGGAAAAAUAAUAACUUUAUCAUGCUGUGUUAUGUGGAUUAAAUUUGCCUGAAGAGUGCAUAGUCUCACUGUCUUCCCCUAUAGCCUAUGGCAGAAUGCAAGAACACAGAUUCAACAAACAUUUCCUUGGGUGAAUAAUUAUAACCGUGAGAAAGGUGCUUCACAUUUAGCAACAAAUGAGGUAAACACUUGGGCUUAAAAAAUGGACUUGACAACACUGCACCAGCUGUCAUCCAGAAGCCUGGUAGAACUGCGAUAGGUCACCAGGUUUUACUUCAUUCUGUAGAACUGGAAUUUGUAUUUACUUCAUCAGUAGAAUAUAGUUAGUCCUCAAAGGCCCUUCUUGCUCUGCAUUUUAUUUCAGCAUAUAAGGUAUCUUAUGGCUUAGCUUACUCGUCCCCUUUCUGCUUUCUCCCCUGGUGUGUUUUAACUAUUGGCAUUUUCAUCUGUAUGAUAAAACUCAUUUAGUGCCCACUGUCAGUUCUGAAACCGAUGGUCACGACGGUCUCUUCUUGCUUAUCUCGUAAGAACAGCAGGCCGGGUUUAUAAUAAUGGGACAAGAAUACCCUCCAUCCAUUUUAAACAAGGAAAAAUAACCCCAGUCUUUCAUAGGUUGACGAGUUGUGUUUCAGCACAGACCUAGUCACUGUGCUGGAGAUGACAUCCCAUUGUUGGACUGGAAAUAGCCAUGGAAGACAGAGCUAAGAUGCCUUGCUCAUGGUUUGAUGGGCAGCAUUCAGAAGCAAGGGGUGCUCUGUUGCAAUUCUGGAUCCAAAUUAUAGUGACGCCAUCAUUUAGCAGAAAGCAACUUAUUGGACUUCCAAUGUGCAAUAUCUGUUUUUGUUCAUCAGUCCCACAAGUACUGCCCAAAGCCCAUCCUCAGGGAGACUGAUUUGAGAGCCCUGCCUCCAGUCUUCUAUCCUGGGGCUUCACAUUAAAUGGCUCCUUUUCUCAAAAGCUGGUGGCAUGAGUUUGGGCCCCUGCACCACUGGAAGAGGGACCGUGUUUGGCAGUAGUUAUUAACUGAGGCAAAUACCUUCUCCCACGCUUUUCUCUCAGAAGUGUUAAUAAUUUAUCAUCAAAUUACCAUUUUGUUUCUGGAUUUAAAAUAUAAACAAAUGGGGACUACACCUGAGAAGAGAAAGCACACAUAUAUUGUACAAAAGGGAAGAAUGAUGUAAAAUACUUAUU